AUGUCAGACCUUAUUGAACUACAACGGAACUAUCUUUUAUCGUUCAUCAAUGAAAUUCAAACGGAACAUAAUUUGAAAUUCCUCAUCAUCGAUGACACUGUUGAUGCCUUGCUUGAUACUCUUUUCGCUGACAGGAGUACACUGCUCCGUGUAGUGACAGCUGUCGACAAAAUCAACUCGUCUAAAAGGAAAGGUCAACCGUCUGUGGAAGCGAUAUAUUUACUUGAGCCCACGAAAUUCAACAUCAAUUGUAUGGAUGCAGAUUUCAGCAAUAGACCGGCCAAAUACAAGAGAGCUCAUGUCAGAUUUUUGCCGGGGUUCAACGAUCAUCUGGUGCGGUUUUACGAUUCAAAAAGAUAUCUCCCUCAGUACAUCGGCACCUUGGCAGAAGUGCAGUGCUCUUUUCUGCCCAAAGAAUCAAUAUUUUUCCAGACAAUGGGCAUUGAUCAGUCACUUCAAGUGUUUUAUAAUAAUGCUUGCACGGACCUGGUAGAGAGGAGCAUUACGAAGACGGUAAAUGCACUGUUAAAUCUUUGCAUCAUCACGGGUGAAUACCCAACAGUGCGCUAUUCACAACCAUCUUCAGAGACUUUUGCUAGUAGUCCCUCCACAAUGCUUGCCAAAAAGCUAGCUUUCGAGUUUCAAGAGGCAAUUGACGACUAUGCCAGAAAGGACGAAAGUUUUCCUCCGCCUUCACCAAGGCCUCGUGCUGUACUUGUCAUAACCGAGCGUUCUCUUGACCCCUUCUCUCUUUUCUUACACGAUUUUUCAUAUCAAGCGAUGGCAUACGACUUGGUGCCUGAGGUUGACACGAAAACAGACGUCUUCCAUUACUUUGCAGAGAAUGAAAAGGGCGAGAAAGAAGAGAAGUUUGCAAAGCUACGCGAUCUUGACGACCCCGACUGGGUGGAGUUGAGACACCAACACAUUAUGGAUGCCACAGAAUAUCUCAAUGCUAAGGUCAAUGAGCUUAUUGCUAAAAAUCCCUUGUUGGUCGAUCGUGCCAAUGUCAAGACUACAACAGACCUACUCAGCGUUGUGGCUCAUCUAAAAGACUUUGAUGAGGACAGAAGACGUAUUACAUUGCAUAGAACAUUGAUUGAUCAGUGCCUAAAGGUAAAUGAGGAACGAAGGCUAGCAGAGCUUGCUGAUUUCGAACAAGCUAUGGCCGGUUUAGGACUGGAUGCAGAAGGUCACAAGUUUAAAGCGCCCGCUGAAGCUCUUCUCGAAAACCUAUUGAGUAAAACUGCAAACAUAACUGACAAAAUUCGGUAUAUUCUCAUUUAUGCUCUCUACCGAGGAGGACUGAUUGCGGAAGACUUUAUCAAGCUUUUAUCUUUCAUAGGCAUCUCAUCUGGCCACUCAUUUUACAAGCAUUUUAUGACACUCUUCGUUAACUUCCAGUAUCUGGGUUUCAAGCUGGUAAAGGAAAAAGCGGCGGAUAAACCCUUCAAGAAAGAAUGGUUUCACGAAACCAUUCUCAACGACCCUAAUACUUACAACACAUCUCGUUUCGUGAACGUGGUGAGUAACAAUCUGUCAAAGGUAAUUACAAACCAACUCCUAUUAAGUGAGCAGGCCUUUCCUUACGUGAAAGACAAACCUAUCGAAGCUCUGGAAGAGGAUACGGUCGAUGAUGGUACGUACAGCUAUUCGUCAACUUCCCUGAGAAACCCUCGGCAUAAGGCCUCAUGGACUCGGAAAAACUCUCAAAAUAGAGCGCCAAGACAGAGGUUCUUCUAUUAUAGCAUCGGUGGAUUGACUCACGCCGAACUGAGAUCCGCCUACCUUCAAUCUCAGUUGAAAAACAAAGACAUUUACAUUGGUAGCGAUGCCAUUUUAUCGCCUCUUGACGUGAUGCAAAGCAUCGAAAAGCUGAGUGAACCAAGGGAAUAUCUCAAUUUGAGCUUUGACCGCAAGGAGAACGAAACUGCUCCCAGCUUUCUGUUUGAUAGAGCAAUUGCACCACCAGUUGCUGCCCAGCAUCUCCAUAAAAGCUCGAAUCAGCGAUCCACUGCGGAUGCACAGCCUGUGAUGCCCGCACCACCUCCACAGGAGAAAAAACGCUCGAAACUUUCAAAGUUUCUGAGAUCAAAGUAA